CGUUUCCUCUUUUCACGACGUGGUCAUCUGAUUCUGACGUGUAAACUUGAAUCUACCAGACUCCCCAAACUCAAACAAUGCCUCUCCAUCUAAAAGGUGCGAAUAUCCGCCUAGGUAGUCUGGAUCCCCAUAGCUUUGCGGAGUUCGAGUCUGCAGUAGUGACGCACUUGGACGUCCGUCUGCGUCUGGACUUCAAUGACCAGAGGAUAUCACAAGCAACGGCUAUUAUGACUUCAGGAAAUACAUCUUCAGAAGCAUCGCCCUUGGACCUCCGUGUAAAGGAGACACGGGUCCAAGAUUUGACUUUUAAAAUGGGCGAUUCCCGGAAGGUCCUCUAAGGCUAAAGUACACGUGAAGCGACUCGGGGGCAGUGGUGGAAACGUCGAGUACGGGGAUAGAGUCCGAUUGGAUAUCAUUUCAAGUCUUGUUAUGCGCUUGGAUAUCUCAUGCUUUUGCUUACCAGCACGAUCACCUCUGCAUCUUCAUGGAAAUAGACAACAGACAACAAGAGCUUUUUCUUAAUCCUUCUGCCACCUUUCAUAUCUCUCUGCGUCGAAGAUAUCACUACAGUGGAUGGACAGCCAGCGCGGUAUGAAGUUGGAAGCCAAGUGAGCCCUUUUGGUGACAGUCUUGAUAUCUGGUUCCCCGAAACUUGCAAGGACUCGUCUGUCGUUUUUGUGGUUACGGCUUAUCCUCAUCAUCUGAAAAAGUUUGAUAUGCUUCUAAAUAUGCGACAAACUAAUUCAUUGACUUCAUCUACUUAGUGGUAAAAAGUAUUUGACUUCGUCUAGCCCAUGACUCAUCAUCAUUACGUCACUGCAUCCAGCAAGCCACCUCGUCUUCUAAUCUUCUGAAGUAUUACACAAGGAGAAGUCCAGGAGGAGCAGGAGGCUCCUCGAAAACUACUGAACAGCACGCGAACGGCUCUGCGUCAGAGGUCCUACCGUCACCAGCAGCGCCAACGGGUCAGCGUCUGGAUUUCGACAAAGCCCUAGCUCCUUCGGCAAAUGGUUACGGCAUUACGCUACUACUGCAGAUUAUAUGUUGGUAAAGGAUGCCGAGUGGUGAGGAGGAUUAGGAUUUCCUGUCUCUAGUUUUUUCGAAUUUUUUUUUUCCGAACGGACGUGAAAAGUGACCUGUCGUGUUACAAUUGAUCACUAGCAUAAGUAUCCUCCGUGUCGCAAUUGAUCAUUAGCAUGACUACAUAGAUACAACAUAAUUUUUAUCAUUUUCAUUUCAUCUUUUUUACUCCAUAGAAAUACUGACUUUGAAAAGUCCUAGGUAAAUCUCAUUAUCAUUUUCAUUUCAUAUCGCGACGCCGACAUCUUCCUCCUCGUCCUCGACUACAUCUGCGGUGCAGUGGUUACGCGCGUCGCAGACGUUGGGCAAAAAGUGUCCGCUCGUGUUCUCUCAAGCGCAGGCGAUUUUGGCCAGAAGCUUCGUCCCCUGUCAGGAUAGCCCAGCAGUGAAACAUACGUUUUCCUUCGCGUUGGAACUAAGGCACAGCUACAUGCGCAUCAUAACGUAAGAAAGCUGGUGCUCCUUUGUAGAAGAAGCCUCAUUUACUAAUUCAAUUAAAUAAGCUACUCCUUUGUAGAAAAUAAAUCCGAGUAUCAGUUGUAUCAGGAUUUUUCUACAGAGGAGUAGUGUUACUCAUACAGGAAUGAAGAAGGAGUGAGUAGACCUAGAACAUUUGAAAAUAGGUAACUCAGAAGAGGAGCAGAUGACUCAACAUCGCCAUCUGUUUCGGCUAGAAGUUAAUAGUACUUACACAGAAGGGCCGCGUCAAAACGAGAAUCUGCUCUAUCUCGUGAAAGUCUAAGAAAAGUCGAAACCCCUUUGGUCGCGGUGUGCUCAGGCGAACUUGUUGGGAUAGAAGAGGUUGCUGCUGAAGAUGUUGGGGGAAGUGAGAAAAAAGGGUUGGAUCCAGAAGCAGUAUUCGGAAACACAGAUGACUAGGGAAAUAACUAGGCGAUUAAGAUUUUUUCAUCAUCCUGUGACUGACCGAUGUAGUUAAUAUUCUGUGUGCAGAAGUGGCACUUCUGCACACAGAAUAGUUUUUGGGAAGACAGCAGAUCCAUCAAUUCUAAAACGGCAAAGCACAUCAGAGCACUCACCAACACAGUGAAUGAUGAAAAACCAAAGACCUCCUGACUACGUCUAAGAUACUCAAAACGCCAUCACAUCCGCGAAGACACCGUCGACUUCCUCCAAACCCCCAAGAAAGACCUACCGCGCCUUCCAUUACAAACAAGAUAUUCCAGUACCUGCUUAUUUGCUUGCCUUCGUGGCAGGGCGUCUUGGCCGCGCAAAGAUUGGCGCAAAGUCCUACGUUUACGCCGAACCGGAACUGCUUGAGAAAGCGACAAAAGAACUCUCAGGAGUGUGCGACAAAUAUUUGGCAGUUGCGGAGUUAUGAAAUGACAGUGGUGCUGUUAUGAUUGAAGCUAGUUGGUUGAAGCUAUGAAUGGUUCUGGUAUUUUUGGUAUAGCCUGAAUUUGAUCAUAAGGGAAAACAAGAAGAGAACCCUUAUGAUCAAAUUCAGGCUAUACCAAAAAUACCAGAGCCAUACAAGCUAGUUGGUUGAAGAUAUUGAGUUGGAGGCUGUAGUUCAUGUAUGUCACUGAUGGAUGAUUUCUUGAACUUCUAAGCCAAAAAGACGUCCUUCUCGGGAGUCCCUACGUCUGGGGUUCUUUCAACGUGGCGGUUAUGCCUAACUCGUUCGGCUUUGGCGGUAUGGAAAACCCGAAUGUGACCUUCUUUAGUUAUGGGAAUGGGUAUACAUGAUAGUUUCUGUUCUUUCAUUAAGAUAAUUAUCAAUAUGAUUCAGUUUCAGUGCUGUGGGGUAUACUAUAUUCGAGAAAUAAGCACAUCAUCAUUCCACUGUUGCUGUUCGGAUUUCCUCCAGGGAACUACUAAUUUUCAGAGGAAGGAAAGGAAGAGGAGUCUACUCAACAACCUCAACGGGCAACAAUCUACUAGUAGUUUUUCUAAUUCAGUGGCAGUCUCUUAGCUGGCGAUCAGAGUCUGACAACCACUUUAGCACACGAAAUCACGCAUAGCUGGACUGGGAACCUGGUCACGAAUAAAUAUCACAAGGAUUUCUGGCUGAAUGAGGGGUUUACGAGAUACGUGGAAAGGCGGAUUCUUGGAGUGUGCUUUGGCGAAGAUUUUCGUGAGCUGUGCUUGGAAGUUGGGUAGUUUUUACUACAACGAACUCUUUAGGUGCUUUCUUGAAGAAUUAGACCUAAGGGUACAGGUUAAAGGUGCUUUUUUUACCGUUUGUUAUGGCUCUCCUAAGGGGGACAGCCAUAACAAGCGGGAUAAACGAACACCAAAUACCUACCUCAAAUAGACUACUUUCUCAGUCCGAUUUGUUUCCGACAAGCAAUUGGAAUUUUGGAGUAGUCCUAGUGCCUAGAACAUUGCAUCCAAUCUUGUUCUUCAUGUUCUGAAUCUAAAAAUACCAGGUACAACGACUUGUUAAAGAACGUGAAGUUGAUGCAAGACAAUGGACAAGGGCGGUUCACCGCUUUGGAGCCGGAUCUUGUAGGCGUUGAUCCGGAUGAGGCUUUUUCCCGAGUACCCUACGAGAAAGGGUCACUUUUCCUACUCUUUCUCGAAAUCGAAAUUGUCAAGAUUAAGGCAACUGCAAAGUGGUUAAACUGCAAAGUGGAUGAAGAAGAUUGUCUUUUAUCAUCUAUCUUCCUCACGAAUAAACUUGGGCACGACUACUAUUAAGCAGCUGCAACUUCUAACAAUAGCAAAACAAGAAUGAGCGAGUGGCUUUACAAGUACUUGGAGGAUUUUGGACGUUCUUCUCUAGAGACUGCAGACAUGCGACGACAUUUCGUAGAGUUUUUUCCAGAAUCCGAAGGUCAAAUCGACUGGGAUCUCUGGUUACAUGGAGAAGUUAUGGAUGGAUGGAGUAGAUCGAGAAACUGAAAACUCUAGAAGAUUCUUCAUAUUAAAGUAUCGACCUCACACCUUCAAGAUCAACAAGCUCUUAUGCUACUGAACUCUUGCUGUUCUUCUUCCCGCUUACCUUUUUGAACUAUGAUAUCGAUCCCGUCCUUGCUAGCCAGAAAUGUGUGCAUCACAUCUUGUCUCGUCCACCUUCUAAUCACAGUCUGCCAUCUUGGCGUCCACCGACCUCAGGGCACCAGGAGAAUAAAUUUUUGUCGGCCAUUGCUGUCUGUCAUGGGAAGAUCCGCUCUAGAGACUCGUCGAACACGACUAGCAUACAAGAUUGGAAAGCACAGCAAAUCAUGGUCCUUCUCGAUCGUGUGAUAGAGGAUGGCAGCAUCACGAAAAACGCAGACCUGAUUCGGUUCAUUUAAGAGUGAAGAGGUUCGCUUGGAUUGAGUUUGUUUUUGAUCAGGUGUAAGUAGUAGAAGAAGUUUUGUUUCUAACCUACGAGCCAACACAAUCUCGGCUACGAUUUCGAGACCAGCAGUAAUGUGGAGAUCUUGUUUCGAUGGAUCCUAUUACGCAUCCGCGCUGCUUCUGCUCCUACAGUUGAAGUAGGCGAAGAUUCUGCCCUGCUUUCGCUUCUCGAUACCUUUCUGGGCACGCAUGGCAGAGGCAGCUACGUCAAGCCUAUCUAUCUUUAUGAUGACCGCCCAAACCCAAUACUUUAACUUUUCAAAUUUUUAACAGCAGGAGUUUUGUAACGACUCAUUUGUUAUUGUUUGUUGAAAGAAGGUAACUAUGCAAUAGAGAAGAGUCAAGAUGAUGAUCACCUUCUUGGAGUAGAGGAAAUUCCCCUAGAUACACACAGGAUUCAUUCUAACGCUUAACCCUGAAGAAUACGGGUCGCGUCGACGUGGCGCGACAGCUCUUCGAGAAGCACUGUGGCUUCUAUCAAGACACUAUUGCAAACGUUAUCCGGAAAGCCCUGAAGUAAAGGUGGAGAGCUGAGGGCGGCAGGCGCAAGGGAAAGCGCCAUGGUCGUAACACGACUAGUUUUUGUGGCUUCUCGGAAUUCUAAGGACAAUGAGAUUCUUGCUUCUCGGAAGCUGAAGACGAGAUGAUUUUUGUUCUGGACUAUUCUCGCGCCCCCCAUGCGUAAUUAUCAUUUUUUCAAGCAUUAUCAGCUCCUCGCUACUCAUGUAGAGGUGCGCCAAAAGGACAUAACUAUAUAAGGUAUCGCAGCGAUACGCCCGUCUAGCCCGAUGUAUUUCCCGCUACAACACACUUUCUCUCUACUUAAUCGCCACUGCCUUGUGCACAGAAAAUUAUACUAGGUUCUUGUCAUUUAUUGGACUAGACGAGGAUGCGUUAAUAGCAGGAAUAGAUGCAGCAUUAACUCGUGGCGGAGCAGGAUAGAGAAUGCUCAUCAGUACCGGAGCGACAACAUU